CUUGUGUGUUUUGUCUGCAAGCUGUUGAACGUUGAAUUUCUGGAACAGAGCAAGAGAUUCUCCCAAGAGUCGGAAGUUCAGUAUUGGGUUUCUCAAUCACUUUUUUUCUUUUCUUUUAUAAAAUACCCUUUCGCCAUUUCAUAAUUCUUCAACGCCGUUAUGCAUUCCUAAUCUCUCUCUUUCGCCCUAUCUUUGACUACCUCGGCGACGGCGACGCAUCUCAUUGACUGUUUUCACUUUCACUUCAAAUCAAGAACUAGCUGUGUUCUCUGUUUACCAUGAACGAUCAUUCCAAAAUGGAUGUGCCGACUGCUGAUUCAAGUUCAUCUCAAGAGGUUAGUUUUCGUGAUCUUAGUCUUGAAGGUAGUGUGGGUUUGAAUUUAACGAUGAGUAGUGUUACUGGGUCUGAUUCCAUUUCGUGUGAGAUGAAAAAAAAGACGAGUCUUGGGGGUAGUGAACGUGAGGGAAGUGAGAAGAGUAGUUUGAGUUCUACAAGUUGUUGUAAUAGCAGCAUUGAUGUAAAUGAGGCUAGUCUUAGAAGUUUAUCAUGUCAAUCGAAGCCUCAUAAAGGUAAUGAUCUUCGUUGGGAUGCAAUUCAAUCGGUGAAAAUCAAAGAUGGGGAAUUGGGUCUUGGCCAUUUUAGGCUUUUGAAGAAACUUGGAUUUGGGGAUAUUGGGAGUGUUUAUUUGGCUGAAUUGAGAGAAAUGGGAAGUUUGUUUGCUAUGAAAGUUAUGGAUAAAGGAAUGUUAGCUGGGAGGAAGAAGCUGGCUAGAGCGAAGACAGAAAGAGAAAUUUUGGGUCUUUUGGAUCAUCCUUUCCUUCCAACACUUUAUUCUCAUUUUGAGACUGAGAAAUUCUCGUGUUUGCUUAUGGAGUUCUGCAGUGGAGGUGAUCUCCAUAUUCUCCGGCAAAGGCAGCCCGGCAAGCAUUUUGAAGAACAGGCAGCUAGGUUUUAUGCUUCAGAAGUGCUUCUUGCGCUUGAGUACUUACACAUGAUGGGGGUUGUUUAUAGAGAUUUAAAGCCUGAAAAUGUCUUGGUUAGAGAAGAUGGUCAUAUCAUGUUAUCUGAUUUUGAUUUGUCUUUACAAUGUUUCGUCAACCCCACGCUCGUGAAAUCAAAUCCAGAUUCCGCCCCUUGCACUUCCUCCUACUGCAAACUGCCUGUUUGCGCCGAGCCAACAUGUUUUCGACAGCCCUCUUGCUUCAAACCACGACUUUUCAAUUCUAAACCAUCAAAAUUGAAAAGUGGGGGAGAACAGAUUAAAAUGGAUUCUCUACCCGAGCUUGUUGCAGAGCCAACUGAGGCACGGUCAAUGUCGUUUGUGGGCACACACGAGUAUUUAGCCCCGGAGAUAAUCAGGGGAGAUGGGCAUGGAAGUUCUGUUGAUUGGUGGACAUUUGGAAUUUUCUUGUAUGAAUUGCUAUGUGGGAAGACUCCUUUUAAAGGAAAUGGAAAUAGGGAGACUUUAUUUAAUGUUGUUGGUGAACAACUUAAGUUUCCUGAUGGAAUAAUGGUUAGUUUUGCAGCUAAGGAUUUGAUCAAGGGUCUCCUUUCAAAGGAUCCUCAAAAGAGAUUAGGAUUUAAAAGAGGUGCUACUGAGAUCAAACAACAUUCUUUUUUCGAAAGCAUUAAUUGGGCGCUUAUUCGCGGAAAUCAGCCACCCGAGAUUCCAAAGGUAAUCGACUUAUCGAUUUUCAGUCGGACUAAUAAACCCGAGACAGGCGUGACUUCGAGCGAUAAAUUGGCUUCAGACUCCUCAGAUAGGUCAUCCGGGCCUUAUCUAGAUUUUGAAUUUUUCUAAAGAGAAAUAGUUGCAUUUUUCUUGCCUAUAUGUAAUUGGUGGCGUUACAUUUUUCUAUGAAAAAAAAAGGCAGGAAUGAAUAAUUUAAUUGUUUGGUCUC